GGAACUUGGAACCCCAUGGGCCAUGGCCCAUGAGCCGGGCUGGGCUCGGUCGGAUAUGGAUCGGCUUCAACCCGUUUACCCACGUUGUAAUUACUGUGAGUCUGCAAGCCGAAGUUACAGAGACAACGGGAAGAGAGGGGAGGACAGGGAACCAGUGGUUGAGCUUUUGAAGGAAAAGAGGGUGAGAAAUGCAGGCUGUUCGAUCUGGAAUUCGCGCUCUCAGAUUGUCUUCAUCUUCUUCAUCUUCUUCAUCUUCAUCUUCAAAAGUUUACUCGUCCCCGCUUCGUUUCUUCAAUGGUUCUACUGUGCCGGGGAUUAUAGCUGGAGCUAGGUUUUUCUCUCUAUCACCGGCUUACUCUCCUUCUUCUUGCUUGGAAAAAGAGGAAGUCACUUCUCGCGUCUUAGAUCUCCUCAAGUCUAUCCCUUUCAUCGAUCCUGCCAAAGUGAGGCCAACAGCAAAUUUCAAGGACGACUUGCAGCUGGAUAUGUUGGACAAUGUUGAAGUAAUGAUGGCUGUAGAGGAAGAAUUUGCAAUCGACAUACCUGAUAAUGAAGCCAACAAAAUUUCAAACACGUCGCAUUUUAUUGACUAUAUUGCGACACAUCCACAAGCCAAGUAAGAAUCCCAGAUGUUGAAGGACAAUUUCACAGAAUUCUCAAUGUGGAGUUCAUCAGUAGUUUGUAAUAAUUUGUGUGUGUAAUUGAAGACAUCUCACAGAAUUCAUGCCUCUCAAAAUUCCGAGUACUGUCCUUCAGACCUCAUAACGAUGUUUUGUUUGAGGCAAUGCUGUAAUUUUCCUUAUUUUCUGAAUUUGUAGCUGUGAGUGAACUUUCUCAAAAUGAGGAAAUAAAGCAUGGUGCUGCCUACA